AUGUCUGGGAAGCAAUUGACCAUCUUCACAUGCAGCAGCUUGCUGUUCGCGUCACUCAUAGUUAUUGCUGACAGAAGUGAUAGGGAGGCUGUCGUGCCCCCCACCCGAUAUGAAAUUGGUUCUGGAUUUACGAACUACACCGGUUAUGGGAAUGCAUCCUGCUUCACACUUGACCAGAAGAGCCCAUUAGUUACCCUAGACUACGGUACCGAGGUUGGAGGCUUCCCCUUAUUCCAUGUGGACUUUCUGUCAACUGCAGUCCAGCUCGAGGCCAAAUACACUGAAUCCAAAACUGGUCUUGAUGAGCCGUUUGGUGAUGGGCCAUGGACCUUUUCCAAUGGCCUUUCCAACACCUUCCGUGUCGAAACUUUCAAUGUCAACUCUCCUGGGACGGUGGAGUCGUUCUUCAUUCAAGGGGGUCUUCGCUGGCAGAACCUCAAGCUUCUCACGGAAGGCAGUGUCCGCAUAUGCCAAGCGGGUAUCAGAUCUCAAAAUGAUCGCACUGCGGUGGACAAGCUGCCUGGAUACUUCGAAAGCUCGAAUAAUCUGUAUAAUGAAAUCUGGGCCUUGGGGCCACGUACAGUCCAGCAAGCAUGCAUUGCUGCAGAUACCGCACCGUCGACAUGGGAAGUCACUGGAGACGGAGUGUAUCUUCGUGGACAGCAGCCUGCCCAAUCGGUGGCAGGAGCCUCCUUUAGCAACUACACCAUGACCUUCCAGACCAAUAUUGUCCGUGGAGGAACAGGAUGGAAGGUUGCCACGGGUGUGGGUGGCUUUGGUCCUUACUUUGUUCUUACCAGUGAAUAUCCUGUUGGCUCGACGUUUGUCAAUACAAACCGAACCAUUGUCCCCCCAAACUCACUAGCUGUGGGUUACGGGUGGAACUUGGUGAAUCAGACCUCGCUCACCACCGGAAAAGUGAACCAUUAUUCCUUGCCUUUCAACAUCAAGGAAGGGCAGUGGUAUGAGAUUUCAACCUCCAUUAAUGCGACCGGAUACGGCGUUACUAUCAAUGGAACUGAAAUAUUCGUGGCACUGGAUGACCUGCAAAUCGUAGCUGGCACUACUGGCUCCUCUGGCAGUCUGACAGGCGGUACCUGGGGUUUUGGGCCAUAUCAGGACCAAAUUGCGCUUGUCAAGGAUGUUACGGUUCAUGCGCAGAAUGGUACUAUGCUGUACCAGAAUCCUAUGACGCUCAGCUCCGUCCUCGAAGAAUAUGGAGUGAUGGCUAAUAAGCACUCCGUCUGUCUGGACGGCGCGAAAAGAGACCGCCUUGUCUGGAGUGAAUAUUGGAUUGGCCGUCAGGCACCGGACUCGUCGCAGUACGCUGGCUAUUUCAGCAUGUCACCAGCGAUAGGCCAGUCGGCGAAAUAUGUCGACACGUAUGCUUCUUUUGGGCUUCUCGAUUACCAGCUUUUCCUUCUCAACGUAUUCGCCGGUCACUACAGAAAUUCUGGCGACAAGGCGUUCGUAACCAAGCAUUGGGCGAAGAUCAAGAAGGGCGUGGAAGCUAUCCUGCCCUUGAUAGAUGAUCAAUCUGGACUGGCGGUCGCUACCGACAUCGGGGCAUUCUUCUCUGGAUCCGACAAUGGUACUGCAGUAUCGGCACUUCUUGCCCACACACUCGACCAGAUGGCCGAUGUUGCAUCCGCAAUGAAUGAGACAGAUGUCGCGACAACUUGGACUCGCUCGGCGACUUCAGUCAAAGCUGCGAUCCGCCAACAGCUCUGGAACCACCGCCUUGGAUACUACGCUACCGACUUGAGUGACCCGACCGAGCAGUCUAUCACCGGUAGCGCCUGGGCUAUUCUGGCGGGAGUCGCCAACGCCACGCAAGCAGAAUCCUCGCUCGCGGCGUUAUCAUCACUCCGGCUUGGUAUCGGCUACAAAACGACGAGCUCCGUUGCCAACGCAUCAUCGACUAAUCUUGCGCCUUUCCUCACUGGCUUCCUCCUAGAAGCGAUUAUGCAGGAAAGUCGCAAUAGCCCCAGUUCAAGCAAAGCGAGGACGACAGCUAUUGGCGUGCUCCUCGACCAGCUCUGGGCUGCGAUGGUGACCCAAAAUGAAUACUAUACUGGCACGACCUGGGAAUAUCUUUACCCUGAUGGCCGACCCGGGCUUGACUUCUAUACGUCGCAUGCGCACCCCUGGGCAGCUGCGCCGACGUAUGUUUUCUCGGAAUAUGUACUUGGUGUUCAGGCGACUUCGGCUGGGUUUUCUGAGUGGGAGUUUCGCCCAGCGAUGCUGGAUGUAAAUUUGUCCUGGGCGCGGGGAAGAGUGCCUACUCCUCAGGGGCCGAUCCAAGCUAGUUGGCAGUUGAAUGAAACGAGCGUGCAGUUGAGCGUGUGUGGGCCUAGUGGUACAGAGGGGGUUGUCAGGGUGCCAUUUGCUAUUAAAUCCUAUUCCGUGGAUGGGGAACAACAAACAAAUGACAAGGACGGCUUGGAAGUUCAAGUGUCCGGAGGAUCAUGUACUGAUAUCCAUGCUGUGAGAGGGUGA